AUGAAACGAGGAAGGAAAACUAAUGAGGCCAACAGCAGUUCAUCUGAAGAGACAAGUGAGAAAGAAUCCAAGAGACACAAGAUUGUAGCCGAGAAAACCAGAGUUGUGCAGAGUCCUGAUUGGGCGAACCUGCUUCAAGAUAUUAUCCUGCAGGUGUUUCAGUACUUGCCCCUUCUGGAUCGUGCUCAUGCGUCACAGGUCUGCCGAAGCUGGAACCAAGUGUUUCAUAUGCCUGAUCUCUGGAGGUGUUUCGAGUUCGAACUGAAUCAACCUGCUACGUCGUACUUGAGGGCUACGCAUCCUGAACUAAUCAAGCAAAUAAUAAAAAGGCAUUCCAAUCACCUGCAGUAUGUGAGCUUCAAGGUGGACAGCAGCAAGGAAUCUGCAGAAGCAGCUUGUGAUAUUUUAUCACAGCUUGUGAAUUGCUCUCUGAAGACACUUGGGCUAAUUUCAACUGCCCGACCAAGCUUCAUGGAUUUACCAAAGUCUCACUUUAUUUCUGCACUGACAGUGGUGUUCGUAAACUCCAAAUCCCUCUCGUCACUUAAGAUUGAUGAUACACCGGUAGAUGAUCCAUCUCUCAAAGUGCUAGUGGCUAACAACAGUGACACGCUCAAACUGUUAAAAAUGAGCAGUUGUCCCCAUGUUUCUCCAGCUGGUAUCCUUUGCGUGGCCGACCAGUGUCACGGUUUACGUGAACUGGCGUUGAACUACCACCUGCUGAGCGAUGAGCUUCUGCUUGCUUUGUCUUCUGAAAAACAUGUCAGGCUAGAACACUUGCGCAUUGAUGUUGUCAGCGAAAACCCUGGGCAGACUCAGUUCCACACCAUUCAGAAGAGCAGCUGGGACGCUUUCAUCAAACAUUCUCCUAAAGUAAAUUUAGUCAUGUACUUUUUCUUGUACGAAGAAGAGUUUGACCCGUUCUUUCGUUACGAAAUACCUGUCACUCACCUUUACUUUGGAAGAUCCGUAAGCAAAGACGUACUUGGUCGCGUUGGGAUGACGUGUCCUCGGCUAGUUGAACUGGUGGUGUGCGCCAAUGGCUUGCGGCCGCUGGAUGAGGAGCUGAUCCGUAUUGCAGAACGUUGCAAGUAUCUGUCAGCCGUUGGCCUAGGAGAAUGUGAAGUCUCUUGCAGUGCCUUUGUUGAGUUCGUGAAGAUGUGUGGCGGUCGUCUCUCUCAGCUUUCUAUUAUGGAGGAAGUUUUGAUUCCUGAUCAGAAAUACAGCUUAGAGCAGAUUCAUUGGGAAGUUUCAAAGCAUCUCGGUAGAGUCUGGUUCCCGGACAUGAUGCCCACAUGGUAAAGUCCAUAAAAGA